GCGUCACGUUGUGUGCGGCGUGGCCUGAUGACGUCUCACAACGCUGGACAACAUGGCGAAGAAACAACGUGGGAAAGCCAGCUCGUCGUCAAAGACGGCGGGCAUCGAAAAGCCCGCAGAGAGUUUCACCUUGUCGCUGGAGUCUAGCGACGAUGAAGCUCCAGAGGAGGUGACCUUUGAAGACUCCAAAGCUGCGGCUCUGCGGAGCAUGAAACAGGCGCUGGAUACCGCUAGAAGGGAAAAGCAGCUGCUAAAAGAGAAGAGGAGGAAGAGACAGGAGCUCUUCCAAGAACAGAAGAAAAGAAAACUCUUAUCGGCUGACGUGUUGGAGGAAAUCGACUCAGCUUCCUCAAAGAAGCAGAAACAGUCUGAAGAUGAAGGUGAACAGGAGGAAAAGCCAGAAAAAGAGGGGGGAGAUGGAAAGAAGAAGAAGAAAAAGAAAAGGAGUGGGAAAUUGGCAAAUGCCCGGAAUCUGAAGGGGAAGUACACAGUGACGACGGUGAAGGAGCGAACGCUGGCGUCCUUCCAACAGCAGGUGGCCGAGGAGUUCAUCCGGUCCAGACUGUACGGACCAGGAACCUGCAGGACCACAAAUAAUGAGAUGCUGUCCCUCCAGAACAAGAAGGGGUGGAAUAAAAGUGCGGCAGUGCAGUUUGUCAAGAAAGACUGGGCCUCUAAGGAGAAAGCCAAAGCAGAGAAGCUGAAGAAGAGGUGGCUCCACAAACAGCAGCUUCCCUCCUGUUGAUGGGACGUAAGCAAGCAGCCUGUGAGCACACUUCUCCCCACGGCUGUUUAUAAGGACUCAAAACAGUCAGCAUCACUGAGGAGGGGGUGGCAGCACUGUUGAAGCUUCAGGAUGGGACAGUAUACAGACUCUGAACUUGUCACAGAGACUCAAAAGACUGAGAUCUUACCAAACUAAAGUCCUUCAACAGGUUCUUCAUCACGGCUUUACCAAGAAGCAAAGGUUUUAUUACUGCGUCUCCAAGUUUGUAAGGCUUUAAUGUGAAGUUCUUGUGUUUCGUGUUUUUCUGCAGUCGCUUGUGUUAAAGGUGUUUUCAUACCUGAAAGGCCAAAAAUCAGAUGUUUGCUCUUUUUUUCUGUAAAAAUUCUGUAUGAAUAAAUGCUGAUUGUUUUCUAUUUCAUAUUUUUGAGAUAAAAACCCUGAUGCUUUCAUCAGGUGUUGGUUUGCAUUCAAAAACAAAAAUGCAAAAGAUGACGUGGUUGAGUAUCAGCAUAGCAUCUUUGGUAAUUAAACUUACUUCAGACAUAAGAGAAAAAUAGCACUCAAAUAAUCCUGAGUUGAAAUAUGAAAUGACAAUAUUUAGAAGACAAAAAUAAAAGUUGAACUAUAGGGCCAAUCUAUGGACAUUUUACUGUGAAUAUACAUAUUUAUGGGUAGUUUAUCAUGAAAUAUGUACAUACACAGCUUUUGUUA